UGACAAAGCAGUUUCCACUGCAUUAUUGCACCACUGGUAUCAAAGCAUAUCCACUGUUUAAACUCUUCCAGAAGACCGUACAUCCGUCCCCCAUUCUGCUUCGUCACGCAUUCCGACAAACCCAUUCACCGCUAAGGCUAGUACCCGGAUGUAAACACUGAUUUAAGCUGCUGGGCGGAGCGCCACAACUCGAUAAGCACGCUGUCGCUUUGUCGUCACAGACGCUGUCACCUAUAGCAGUCACAUUGAUACAACAACUGUUGGCAGAUACAAGAUAUCUUCGAAGGCUGGCUAAACUCAACUUUCAGAACGAUGGAACUGCAGAAUCUAACAGCGGACCCCUUUAAAGGAGAACCCAGCAGGAAAAGCGCCUUUCUGUUCAAGGUGAAAUUGUUUGUGCGAAGGGACGCCCUGCUUCUGCUUACAAUUGCUGGCAUCGUAGUAGGGUUUGGAGUUGGAUUCGGAGUCAGGGAACUGCAUCCAUCCAAAGACGCCCUCAUGUGGAUAGGUAUGCCAGGAGAGCUGUUCCUGCGCAUGCUCAGAAUGAUGAUUCUACCGUUGAUUGUGUGCAGCGUUAUAUCAGGAACUGCAUCACUGGAUCCAAAGUCCAAUGGGAAAGUUAGCGCCAUAGCUUUCGCCUUCAUCGUAGCAACGAACAGUCUUGUUUGCAUAGAGGCCAUUGCUCUACAUUUCAUCAUUCAACCAGGAGCUGAGGAGUUGAGUAUUGACGAAAGUGCCACUCGUGAGAUCAUGGAAACACAGGAUAUAUUCGCCGAUAUGCUCAGGAAUAUUGUGCCGGACAAUUUGGUGGAAGCAACAUUCAGACAGGCCCAGACACGGUACGCGUCGUCACUGACGGGGGUGGCGAGGAAUAACACCAACACCUCUGUCGGCGAUGCCCUCACACACGUCACCAAGUCCCUGGGCAAGACGGACAGUGUCAACGUGCUAGGUCUUAUCACCGCUUGCACCAUCAUCGGCAUGGCUGCCAGCGCCCUGAAAGACAAGGCCGACGUCUUCCUCAAGUUCUUCUCAGCUGCCACGGAGAUUGUCCUCCUGAUCCUGAGAAAAUUCUUUUGGGUAGCACCUCUGGGUAUCGGGAGCCUCAUCGCAGUGUCGGUGGCUGGGGUGAGCAACAUCACGGGGACCUUCUCACAGCUGGGGAUGUUUGUCGUCGCUGUUACAGUUGGCAUUCUGUUUCAUUCCUUCGUCGUCCUGCCCGCCAUCUUGUUUGCACUGACAAGGAGAAAUCCCUACGCAUACCUUCUGACCAUCAUUCGACCCUGUCUCAUCGGUUUCGCCUCCACGAGCACUGCGGUGGCUAUUCCUGAGAUGCUAGAAUCCUGUGAAGUUAAAAACGGUAUUGAUUCCCGAGUGAGUCGCUUCGUGAUUCCAUUUAGCGUAACGCUGAACGCCGAUGGCAGCGCCCUCUACAUUACGUCAGCAGCGUUAUUCAUAGCCAAUCUUAGUGGCGUGGAGGUCACAACAGGCGUCGUGGCUAUUAUAGGAGUGUUAACGGCUGUAGCAGCAAUGGCAAUUCCAUCCGUCCCUAGUUCCAGCAUCGUCACCUUAUUCAUCAUACUGACGUCCGCCAACAUACCUGUUGACCACAUCGCCCUUUUGUUUGCAGUCGAGUGGUUCUUGGACCGCAUUCGUACACCAACCAACAUUGUUAGCCAUACUUUCAACGCGGCUGUGACAUACCGGUUCUGUAAAGCCGACCUUCGAGCUCUGGAUGAAGCGAGAACAAAAGAAGAGGAAGCAGAAAUAACGUCAAUUUCCCCUGCCUGAUGGCGUCACGGUGAUAUGUUGCGCCGUGGUGGACAGGAGGCGUUGCUUAUACAGACUUGUUCAUACAUCAACUCAUUUCUGGAACUCAUUCGCACCCUGAUCUGGUUCAAUGGGCGAACAUGAUGUAACUUCCAGGCAUGUUUGUGCACUGGCUUGGGUGGGCAUAACAUCAAGAGAUCCUUGAAGAUCCGGUUAGAAUUGGUCUUCAGCAAUCAAUACUUGUUUUAAGAGGCGACUAACGGGAUCGGAUGGUCAGGCAUACUGUCUUGGUUGACGCAUGGCAUCGUGUCCCAGUUGUGUAGAUCGAUGCUCACUAUGCCAAUCAUUGGGUUGUCUGGUCCAGACUCGAUUAUUUACAUACUGUCGUCAUAUAGCUGGAAUAUUGCUGAGUGCGGCGUUAAACAAAAAACAAAUUGCAUGAAUCAAGGUAAGCAAAACUUUUGUAUCUUAUAUCAUUACACGCACUGAAGUCCGUUUGGGUACAAAUGAGAUCAAUGAAUUGGAAACAAAAUAAAAAACGGGAAUAGUCUAUCAAAUGUCAAUACGGCACCUAACAAUAUCUGCUGUUUGUUAUGUUUAGUCCCAUCACUGGAAAAAAGUUGUUUUGUGUACAUGUUGAUAUCUUGAAGAUGGGGUCAUCACGGUAGGAGGAACACCUUUGACGAUACAACAUAUCAACUCUACUGGGUUCAGAUCGUAGGACGGCAUGACCUUGUCCUUUGACGUAAUUGUCAAGCAUGUAUAUACAGGGCUCAGUUUUGUUAGAUUUGGCGAUUUCAUAGCGCUAUGAUUGUAGCCCUCUUAGGCUAUUAGACGUCAGGGCCUUGCUAUCUGGAUCCUGCAUACUGUGAUACGGUACAUUGCCCAUCAUAAUAAGGGACCACGUUAAUUUCCACCCACUCAAGAAAUACCCUGCCUUUCAUUUCUGUGUGGUAGUCCCUGUCCUUGGCCUUUGAUCGAAAGACAAGGUCACAGCCUGGGAGAAAACCCUGACUAGCACAGCCAGCAUGGAGAACGAUAAGUCUUUCACCUUUUCCCAUUGGUAACCUUCUCACAGACUCCUUACAGUCCCCACUGGGUACCCACUGACUGCUGUCAGUGUGAGAGGCACUUACCCUCGUCUCAUCUAGGAAAAUAGGCUCAUGUCCUUCUUCACGUUUCUGCUUGAUGGUUCGAUGAUAAUGAGACGAAUGACGUCAGAUCGUUCACAUAACACAGCCCUAUUUUUAUCUAUAUCCAAAUGAUAACAAUUAAAUCAUGUUCGGUUUCCAGUGCUUUAGAAGCUUGUUUCAAGUAUUUAUUAUGCAUCCCAGUAAAAGAAAUCAUGCACCUUAAAAAUCAACUGUUUCACCUCAGCUGAGGAGCCAAUCUUGUCAGUCAACAACGACGUAUACUAUGUACAACGUACAGCGUGUGUUUGGCUGUUCCUCCUACGGUUUUGUCGUGAUAGUUUCUUAAACAAUUGUUUCCAUUGAUGUGAAUAGAAAUAACAAACAGCAGAUAUUGUUGGGUACAGGCUAUUCAAUGCCGUGUACCGUUUUGACAUUUGAAAGAGUAUUCCCUAGUUUGAGUUAUUUUUUAAUUCAUUGUUCUCAUUUGGAGCCAAACGGACUGUAACUAUUGUACGCCUUGGGAUAUGUUAUAACUACUGCUAUAGUGACCUAGAUAGCUCCCUUCACUACUUAUCUGUAUAAAGCUGAUCAGUUGCUGAGGCUGCAUUUGACCUAACCUUACUGGUGAGGGACUGGUCAAGUGUUGAUAUGGGUAGGAUAAGUGGUCGUUUAAAAUGCGCUUCGUUUUAUUAUUCGAACAUUGUUAUGUCAGAUUUAAUCUUUGACCUCGAAGUGAAUAUCUAGUCCAAGUCAACUGAACUGCCGGGACAAUGAAAGUUUGUCACCCAUGUUUGAUGGUGGUUCACAAGAAAUGGUUAUACAUUUGAUACGGGUAUCAUAGCUGUGCUUUGGACCCUAAGUUUACAAUGUUUCGGUGAUUGUUUUCUGCCUAUUAACUUGUAAAAAAAGGUUUGUAAUGUUUUGUCACAUCCAAUUUCCAGUGUAUACUUUCUGUUUCCCGUCAGUGUACUCAGUAGUCAUGUCACUCGAAUUGUGUGUCUCGUAUUCUGGUGGCGUCGAUGUCAAAUGAUAGCAAGUUACACCAGAUAUUUCAAAUACAAAAGCGAAUUAAACUUUCAUCAAAAUGAAAGAAUGAUUGGGUCUAUAUGUGUUUCAUUGUUAAAUAGAUCAUCAUCACAAACGGAAAAAGGCAUGUGUUUGUGGUGACGGUAUGACGAGGAAUUACCAGCAUUGUAAACCUGGUUCACCCAUUGGUCGAACUAUGUCCCCUGACAAAUCUAGUUUGACACAGCGAUGGUCAGUUGUGUAUGAUUAUGUCAUGUUGAAUGCUAAUGUGUUUUGUGUUAUUCUAUUUAUUAGUUUUUAUUCAGGAACACCAUUUAGUAAUAAACACAAAUAUUUGUACUAAUCCAAUCCAUUUCAAUUCAUAACACAUCUGGGUUAAUCAUAAGGUGAGGGAAUUUUUUGUUUUAACGUCGCGACCAAGAUAAUUGCACUUAUCAUCCAAAACUGGCUC